UUUUCCCAUCGACCUCCUGCAGUAGGGAUGCUUCAGAAAUUCAACCUAAGGUACGUCAACUCUAGCUAAGCUAUACACAUAGCUGGAGUAGCACAUCUUCUGUUGACUUUCUCACAUAGUGUAGAUCUGGCUUUAGUGUUGGUAGUGUUCUGAUAUUCCUGUUAGCUGUACGUUCACAUUGAUUUCACUGACAAGUUUUACUAUUGCAGGUUGCUGACCCAUUUUCUGUCUUAGACAUUAUAUUUCCUGUCUGCUGUCAAGCUGUGCUCAUCUGAAAGGUUCAGGCAACUUUUGACAAACCAACUCUUGUUUAAACCACUUCUGAUAAAUCAUAAUAUUAACAGUUAUUUUGUGACUUGUAAAAGUAAUGCCAAAUUCUGGACAGCACAUGUGUAUUUUUAUCCACCUUUUAUCUAAACCACAAUUAAAUGAAAUCCUAGAUACUCAUUUUGGCUUCCAGGUUUAAAUCAUUAUCUUCAAAAAUACACUCUAAAAACUGACUGCUGAGCUGUAUCUUAAGGAACGUGACAGGCAGGCAGAAGCUAAGACAAUGUGAAGGCAUGAGUGCCACAAGCUCAGAUUCCAGGGGCCUGAUGCAAUCCUGCAGGCAGAGAAGGCUGAAAACUUCACCCCAUGUCCAGCAGGUGCACCUGGGGCAAGGAGGUGACUGGAUUCACCCUUGUCUAAAGUAAGAGUAACUUUUGCACAUUUGCCCUGCCCUCCUCCAACAAGACUUCCAAGGAAACUAUAAAACCAGGUUCUGCCUGAGUAAGUUCUUUGGGAAAUACACCCAGCCAGCCCUUCUCCAGUGUGUUCUGGCUACAUCUACUCCCUUGACAGAACUGAGGGCUGAGCUGGCUGUUUCUAGACCCCUCUGGUUAAACAAGGUUGUUUAUACCUUUUGUUGCUGUGAUCCCCUGUAGAUGGACUUCCAGCCAUGUGAGUCCCAGCAAGAAUGAAACAAUCUUCAGGAUUUGAGCUCUCAGAGCUUGGAUGUGUCACAAAGGUUAAGAUCGUUUUGGGGAAUGGAAGACAACCAUCUUCCUCCGGACACAGCAUUGGUUAGUUUAGAAAGAGCUUGUGCGGGAAGCUGUUUGCUGUCUGUUGCAAUUUUGGUCAUAGCUGGAAGUGGUAGGUGAUGAGACUGGCAAGCAGUCACAAAAUUUUAAACACUGAGGCUUUUUUUAUUUUGGGGAAUAUGGGGUAAGAAUGAUAAUUAAUGAAUGACAGCUAUGUCAGCCUACCAGCUUAGAUGCUUUUCCCAUUUUAUCAUAGUACUGAUAAAUGAGAAGACCAUUUUACAUGAGCUUAUGCACUUUUCUGAAACUGCAGUAACAAUUCUAAUAGCAACAACAAAAAAUAAAGUGGAGGAAUAUUUCUGCAAGCUGAUCAAUAUCAAUUCAAGAGGUUUUUCAUAAUGACCUUAUGAGAGACACAAAUGGAAAUACUCUACACUUCUGGCAUGCCUCGCUCCAAAGUAUUUAGAAUAUUAGUGACAAUAUUGAAAAGUUUGCUGACUGAGCUGAUCAGUGGAAUGUGAAGGCAGUUUAUUUUGAGGCUAUUUACUUUCACACUGAAUAUUUAUCUAUUAGUCAGUUUAUAUUCCACUCAAAAUGUUUUCUUGUGUGUUUCAAAUCCAUAAAGGAGAAAAUAAACCAUUCCACUAAACUACAUAGGCCAAACAGCAUCUGGGCAAGCUAUACCAGCUCCCCAGAGGCUAUGAUCUGUAAAAUAGUACAAGGUCAUUUUACAUUGGUUUGCAUAGAACUUUGCGGUGUGGUUUUCAAAAGAAAA